CACAGGCCAUAACAUCUUGACGUUUCAUCGAUGGCAUGUAAACAAAGCAAAUCUUCGUAUCGUCCGGUGUUGCGUUUCAAAUCGUGAUGCAAAUUAUUGGCAGUGUUUUAAUUGUGUUCUAAUAUUUUAUUUUACACCCAGUUCGUGCAAUGCUUUCCUUUUUCCGCAAGAAAACCUCAGAGGACCUGACGACAACGUCAUCCUCGGGCUCAAAAGUCUAUCCGAUCGUCGGACUAGAUGGAGCAGUUCCCCGUGGACCGACGUUGCAAGAAUUGGGCUAUCGCAAUGCGAACGAUUUAAGAGAAACCAUAUACGACUUCCUGCGUACAAUUCGUGACCCGGAAAAGCCCAACACCCUGGAAGAUCUGCACGUAGUGUACGAGGAGGGAAUAUUUGUAAACGAACCGACACCAGGCAACGUGAAUGUCGUACGGGUAGAGUUCAAUCCAACUGUGCCACAUUGUUCGCUAGCUACGUUGAUCGGGCUUUGCAUAAGAGUGAAAAUAGAACGAAACAUUAAUCACAACCUAAAGUUGGAUAUCUACAUCAAGAAAGGUGCCCACACGACCGAAGACGAAAUUAACAAACAGAUCAAUGAUAAGGAACGAAUAGCGGCGGCUAUGGAGAAUCCGAACUUAAAACAGUUGGUUGAGAACUGCAUCAAAGAUGAGGAUUGAAAGACUGAACACUAGGGGUGCAAUUAAUCUUUUUUGUUGAGGGUAUAACUGGUUCAAAGUAUAGUUGGUUUGUGCAGUAAGCAUCGGAAGGUAAUCGUUUUUUUUGUAAAAUAAAUAGUUUCCUAUAUCUAUAACUACGCACAGAA